CAUGCUCAUAAUUAAAUAUAUUCAAAAUUCACUUAAUAGUCUCCUUUCUCUCCCAUUCCUAGUCUAAUUAAGCAAGAUUUUGAUCUGAGUCUCACACAAUUCCAAGUGAUUUAUGGAUUAAGAUAAUUGGCACCCACUUGAAUUCUUAGUCUGCUGGAUAAGAUAUUAAAGCUUGCCAAAAUAGGAACAUUUUUGUUCAUGUUGAUCCUCGUCUGCUAUAUUAUAGGAAUGGGUAGAAGUAAUUUUGUAAUGAAAUUGAGUAUUAUAUGCCAAUUGAUCUAGAUGCUCCCUCAAAUUUAGCAACAGAAGAAAACAAGACCUGCCUACUUGUAACAGAAUACAAUUUUCAGCUUCUGUUUCCCCACCAAACUUCUUAGGCCUCAAAUUUAGCACAUGUAAGUAUCAUUCUUUCCUAAAGAUUGCUUCUGUUUCAACUUUUUCUUGACGAUCUUGAAAGAAAGAGAAAAUUCGUACCAUUUUAGUUCGAUGAAGUCAAUAACUUUGUUCUAUGACUACGACUUUUGCACAUAGUUUUCAGCUUUUGGGUGUUGAACUAUUUUGGUAAUCUGCUGCUACACCUACAUGUGACAUUGCCGUUAUUGGAAAGAAGAGAGAAAGUUCAGGUUUUUGGUUUUGUAUGGCAUGAGAGCACCAAAAUUUGAAUGCUUUAAGGAAAUCUCUUUCUGGUGGGUUUUGCAGAUUAUACUAAUAUCAUAUAAAUAAUAUGGUAAUGGAGAUCAUCAUCUCUGUGAUAAUAUUAUUUGUGGGUAUUGCUGUUUUGGUGCUGAUACAUGUUUGUAUAGUUGGAAGAGCUUUCAGGAGAGGAAAUGAGAAUGGUCAGGAUAUAGUUGAAGCAGGUUUUAACACCAGCAGGAAUGGAACCAGAAAGAUCUCAAAUGAUGAUUUGAAGAAUCUUCCAUGCUUCGACUACAUGGCAGCCCAAAGGGGAGAAAGUAGCUUUGUGGAUUGUGUUGUUUGCUUAGAGAACUUCAAUGUGGGUGAUAAAUGCAGAUUAUUGCCAAACUGCAAGCAUAGCUUCCAUACCCAGUGCAUAGAUUCAUGGUUAUUGAAGAGUCCGAUUUGUCCAAUUUGUCGAACCAGCGUUAAUCCCCUAAAUAUUGGUGCCAGUUUGAGCCAAGAAAGUAGUAUUUCGAUUGCUGUUGGAGUUGAAUUAUAGCAGCUGUUGGAUUUCAUUUGGGACUGGCUUGAACUCCAAUUUGUCUAUCCAUCCUAUUUCAAAUCAGCUUCCAGUUCCUGUGGUAUAAAUUCCGGAAGAACCUCAAGCCAGAGUGUCCUUAGGCAUAGGCAUACAACCAAAACAGCAAGUCCACUCAUUUUUCAACAAAUUUAGAUCAAUUUCUGGUUCUGCUAGAUGUCAUAAUCUUAAUUUUUGUUUUUUCGGUUGCAUAACUAAGAAAACAGCUUGGAAGAUAACUUUGCUCUAUUUGAGGCUUGUAGAUAUAUCUUUUUUGAUAUCAUUUACACUUACGUAUGAUCUGACCAUCUCAUUGUAAAUAAAUUUGCAGGGUUAAAUAAUUUGCAGUUCCAAAGCCAUAGAGUGGAAACACUUGCUUUUGAUGGUUCAUUAUUUAUUUUGAACUAGACAAUAUAAGGAGGUGAUCCCUUCACUCUUUUUGCUCAUGUAAGUAUAAAAUAAGAAACGAAAACAACUUUUUUAAUGAACAGAAGCUUCCCUCUCAUAGUUA